AUGCACAACAUUAAGACCCGGCUGGCCAAUCAACGGGUCGGUGAUUCCCGCUGCUUUUCGUUCAAACCUCAAAUCCGACAACCUCCCCGUCGCCCGUUCCGUCGUGAGCAUCUGAGCCUCUUUGCGCCCCCGCAUCCUCUCCCUUCAUCUCUCGUUGCUUGUAUCCGUCACGAUGGCCGGCGCAUUCGCUGCUUCUCUCUACCAGCACGUCUCCCCUUUCCCGGUCCUCGGCGGAUGAAGUUGGCCGCUGUUUUACUGGCUUUGCUAACAACCGAGUUUUCAACGACGUAUAGGACCCUAAUCCGCCGGAAUGCUGUCUACCUGACUUCCAUAUUCGCCGGUGCUUUCGCAUUCGAAGUGUGCGUGUCAUAA